GGAUUGAAUGAACAGACCCGGAAGGAAUGUGCCUUGUGUGGUGGGCAGGGAAGUGGGACUGGGAUAUACAGGGAGCUAAUGAGAUGCUAUAGGUGAUUCUUACAGCAGCAGCAACAGCAGCAGAUGGUAUUUAAUGCAGAUCCUGUAGAGAAGUGUGCAAGGUUACUGCUAUGUGUCCCAGAAAAGGAGGCACAGCUGAGCUGUAGGCAAGCUUGAACAUUAAGGGAUCUUUGGUGCCACAAGGAGUUGCUGCAGCUCAGAGCAGGAGGGCACAACAGCACUAUCCCGAGAGACAAUGCUGAAAGCGUUCAUUGGAAGCAAAGUUGCCUAUGCACGGAUCUCUAGCAGCGGCAAGAAAGACAAUCCUGAAAAAAAUGCCUCUUUGCUCAGCCGGCUGACCUAUUCCUGGUACAGCAGUAUAAUAACUCUUGGCUACAAGAAGCCAUUGGAAAGAGAAGAUCUUUUUGAACUAAAUGACAGCGAUUCGUCUUACACUGUCAUCCCAAUCUUUGAGAAGAACUGGAGGAAUGAAUCAACAAGACAGGAAAAGAAGGGCACAGGGUCCAACAAUGUGUCGCUGUUGCGCUCCUUGUGGAACACGUUCAAGUUCUCACUCAUCCAGGUGGCUUUCAUGAAGGUGAUAGCGGAUAUAUUGGCCUUUUCAAGUCCUCAGAUUUUAAAGCAAAUGAUCGCUUUCGCUGAAGAGCGGCCAGAGGAUGGCUGGACUGGAUACGCCCUUGCUUUGCUUCUCUUCUUCAUCACUCUAUCGCAGACGCUUGUCCUGCAACUGUACCAACGCUUUAACAUGCUCACUGCCGUGAAAAUGAAGACAUCCGUUACUGGGCUGAUUUACAGAAAGGCGUUGCAAUUGGCAUACUCAUCUCGGAAGAAAUUCACAACAGGGGAAAUGGUCAACCUGAUGUCGUCAGAUGCUCAGCAACUCUCGGACCUGGCGGUGAACCUCAAUCUUCUUUGGUCGGCGCCGUUCCAGAUUCUGAUGGCUGUCGUGUUCCUGUGGCAGGAGUUGGGGGCUUCGGUUCUUGCCGGUGUGGCCGUGCUCAUUCUGGUCAUUCCAAUAAACGCAUAUGUCGCUUCCAAAGUGAAACAGCUCAAGAAAAGUCAUUUGAGGAGUAAAGACCAACGCAUCAAGCUUCUGAAUGAGAUCUUACACGGAAUAAAGAUAUUAAAACUGUAUGCGUGGGAGCCUUCGUACCAGAGGAAAGUGGCUGAUAUUCGAGAGAGUGAAAUGGACGUAUUGAAAUCCUCAGGCUACCUGACCACCUUCUCUAUGCUGACCUUAACUUGCAUUCCAUUCCUGGUUUCCAUGGCUUCCUUUGGAGUGUACUUUUUAUUGGAUGAUUCAAAUGUCCUGACGGCAUCCAAAGUCUUUACGACCAUAUCUCUAUUUAAUAUCUUGCGACUGCCGCUCUUUGAUUUACCCAUGGUGAUCUCCUCCGUAGUGCAGACCAGAGUGUCUCUCGGCCGUUUAGAGAACUUUUUCUGCGGCGAAGAAAUCAACACAGAAAACAUUGAAACCAAAUAUAGCGGAAGCCAUGCUGUGGGAUUUUCCGGUGCAUCUUUUCAGUGGGAUAAAACAGGACCUUCCAUCUUGAAAGAUUUGAACUUUAAGAUUCCAGAAGGAUCGUUAGUUGCUGUCGUAGGGCAAGUUGGCUCUGGAAAAUCGUCACUGCUUUCUGCCAUCCUGGGGGAAAUGAACACACUUGAUGGAAAGGUUCAAAGAAAGGGUACCGUUGCCUAUGUUUCCCAGCAAGCGUGGAUACAGAAUGCUAGGUUUCAAGAAAAUAUCCUCUUCGGGUUGGCAUUCAAUAAGCAGCACUAUGAACGGGUCCUGGAAGCCUGCGCUUUGCUCCCUGAUCUGGAGCUGCUGCCGAAUGCGGAUCAUACCGAAAUUGGAGAAAGGGGUGUAAACCUAAGUGGUGGGCAGAAGCAGAGAGUUAGCUUGGCGAGAGCCGUUUACAGCAAUGCCGACAUCUUGUUACUGGAUGACCCUCUUUCGGCAGUCGACGUCCAUGUUGGAAAGCACUUGUUCGAUAAACUCAUUGGACCCAAUGGAUUAUUAAAAAAUAAGACAAGAAUCCUGGUGACCCACAGCCUGACGGUCCUUCCUCAGACAGAUCUUAUCAUCGUGAUGGAAGAAGGCAGAGCAGCUCAAAUUGGAACAUAUCGAGAGCUCAUGUCCAAACGUCAGAACUUUGCAGAUAUGAUUCAGACUUUCAACAAGGGAACAGAAAGCGAGAAUCUAUCUGACACAGAGCUGCAAGACACCGGUGCCUUCAGAGACCCUGGAGCUCUUCCGAGAACUAAGUCACAAUAUGAAGACGGAUUUAUUAAAAAGGACAGGACAUUAACAGAAGUAUCAAAGCUCCCAAGCAUGAAGAAAGAGAAAGUUGCCACUGGAAAUAUGAAAAUGUCUGUUGUCAUGAAGUACCUGCAUGCAUUUGGAUGGUACUGGGUAUGGUUUACUGUCAUUGCCUAUGUUGGCCAGAAUGUAUUGGCAGUAGGACAAAACGUGUGGCUCAGCCGAUGGUCAACGGAGGCCAAGGAUACAAAGGAAUUGAGUGAAUGGACAGAGCUCAGGAACAACAGACUGGGGGUCUAUGGGCUUCUGGGAUUUGUGCAAGGCGUUUUGGUAUGUUAUGGCGCCUAUGUGGUCACUCGAGGAACGAUUUGUGCAUCGCGGUCAUUGCACAACCAAAUGCUGGACAAUAUUUUGCACCUUCCCCUUCAGUUCUUUGAAACCACACCAAUGGGACAAGUCCUUAACAGAUUCACCAAGGAUGUGUAUGUGAUAGACGAGCGUUUCCAUUACUACUUGCGCACCUGGUUGAACUGCAUGCUGGAUGUCCUUGGAACCAUCAUUGUAAUUGUGUGCGCAACUCCACUUUUCAUACUUGCAGUUGUUCCUCUUGGAUUCCUGUACCUGCUUAUCCAACGAUACUAUAUCUCUAGUUCCCGGCAAAUCAGAAGACUUGAUGGUGCCUCUCGCUCCCCUGUCAUCUCCCACUUUGGGGAAACCUUGAUGGGGGCACCAACUAUCAGAGCGUAUGGACACCAGGAGAGGUUCAUCAAUCAGAACAAAGACGUGAUGAAUGAAAACCUGGUUUGCUACUACAAUAAUGUCAUAUCCAACAGGUGGCUUGCUGUGAGGCUGGAAUUUCUUGGAAGUUUGAUGGUUUUCUUUGCAGCGUUAUUUGCCGUUCAGGCUGGUGAUAAAAUGAAUUCAGGCGUAGUGGGAUUAUCAAUCACAUACGCACUAAAUAUCACCCAGACUUUAAAUUUCUGGGUUCGCAAGGCAUGUGAAAUAGAAACCAACGGCGUUGCUAUCGAAAGGAUUUGUGAAUAUGAAGAAAUGGAGAAAGAGGCUCCCUGGAUCAUGGGCAAGAGACCACCUGCUUGUUGGCCGGACAAAGGAGUGAUAGAAUUUGCUAAUUACAAGGCGCGGUAUAGGGAAGAUCAUGAGCUUGCCCUUCAGGAUAUAACUUUCCGGCUGCAUGCUACAGAGAAGCUGGGGAUUGUUGGAAGGACUGGAGCUGGUAAAUCCACCCUGACAAACUGCUUGUUCCGAAUAGUCGAAGGCGCAGGAGGCAAGAUCACUAUUGAUGGGAUUGACAUAGCGACGAUCGGACUCCAUGAUUUGAGAAGUAAACUUAAUAUCAUACCUCAGGACCCUGUCUUGUUUUCUGGGACACUCCAGAUGAAUCUGGAUCCUCUAGAGCAACACUCUGAUGCGGAGCUGUGGGAAGCUCUGGAAAUGUGUCACCUGAAACCGUUUGUGCAGUCCCUUCCUAAAAGGCUUUACCAUGAGAUUUCAGAAGGUGGUGAGAAUCUAAGCGUCGGACAAAGGCAAUUAAUCUGUCUUGCUCGUGCCCUGCUGCGGAAAGCAAAAAUACUGGUUUUAGAUGAAGCUACAGCCUCCAUUGAUAUGGAGACCGACAACCUGGUUCAAGGCACAAUCCGCAAGGCGUUCUCCGACUGCACCGUCCUGACCAUAGCGCACAGACUGCACAGUAUUCUGGAUUCAGAAAGAGUGCUAGUUCUGGAUGCUGGCCAAGUUGCAGAAUUUGGGGAGCCACAACGGCUGAUACAGAAGAAAGGCCAUUUCUCCCGGAUGUUAUCAGAAGCCAAGAUACUCCAAGGCAGGGACGAAACCAAUUAACGCAAAGCAAAUUCGUCCAAUCAAAAGAUCUUUUUAACGUUGCAGAAAGAGGUUGAGGUCCCUUUAUUCUGUGAUACGACCAACGUUGCCUUUAAACACUGAGCAAUAACCGCACAGCCGGCUGUACCAAUCGUCUCUCGUUUGAAAUCAGUUUACCCACAAUCCUUGCAUUUGAUUGGCUUUAUAAUGAAGACGAAAAACAGAAAAAGCACAUAUUUUAAUAAUGAAAUGUUUUUUAAUGUCAUUUUUGGUUCCUUGGGAAUAUGAGCGUGUUCUACAGGAACAAAGAUCUGCAGCUGCUCACUCUUGUUGUUAUUUAAACACAGGGAUCUAUGGGGACUGGUGUUUUGUUCCAAGGGGAAGUAAUACAGAAAAGUAACCUCUCCUGUAUUUCAGAAAUUUAUAUUCUGAGAGGAUUUGUUUCUCCCCUUCCUGUUUCCUUUUCUAUAGUUUUUUUUUUAUUUAGAUUUUUUAUUGAAAAUAUGAUUGUUAGCUUUAGUGACUCAAACAACCCAAAACAUUCAUUGCGAGGCAGCCUGGGAUGCAAGUCAAUGACUGUAGCUGCCAGUUGGCAGUUUAAUCACUGGAGGGCCCUUAAAGUAAAAGAAAUAUAAAAUAAAAUUGGAGACAACAAUGUUUCGUUGUGACGAAUGAUGACGAGUGACUCGUGUGCUCCAUCUGAAAGUAAAGCAAAAAGAUAAAGCCCAAAUCAUAAUUUAUGGGGAGUGAUGUUGCCCAGAGCAACCAAUCACAUUUUAACAGAAAUCAAAAGCAAAGAUCUGAUUGGUUGCUAUGAGCAACAUCACCAGUAAUGUUUCACUCCAUUUUUUUUUACACAGCAUGAUAAAUAGACCCCUAUAUAUAAUGUACAUUUUAAGGUGCAAAUCCCUGUAAAAAGAUCUCACUACCUCAAUGGAUGUGUAUUCAGCUUAAUCAGACAAACAAUGCCAUGGAGCUGAGAACGUAAUAUUUUCCUGAAUGCUAAACGCAUGUACAAGCCUUGAAAGCAGUCUUGGGAAAUACAGAAAAAUAUGGCGGAGCUUUGUAAGUAAGAUCCCUGGGCCGGUGCAAUUAUUUCCAAACAGUACUGGUCCAAGGGGAACAUUUGUGAUUUAUGACUCAGGGAUGAGUGUUGAAAGCAAUAACUGCUGCCUGGAUUUCAUAGAACGGAACCAGCACGUUGGAGUUCACUUUGCUUAGAAUAAGCCUGAUCUGUAACAUACGAAAUAUUACUUUUAAAGCUGAUUUCAGCUCAUUGUAGAGUUUGGUUGUCAGUGAACGAUGAUGUGACGCUGGUAUAGUUUUUAUGGUCUUGUGUUGAAUGUAAAAAAAAAAUCUAAUAUUUUCAUGUAUUAACUUUGGCAAAAAAGGUGAAAAUGUAAAAAUAAAGAU